ACAUUCAUACGAUUAGCUCGAUAGUUUCGCAGAGCCAAUCGAACUUCGUGUACAUCGCAAUUGACGUCAUUACGAUGACGCCAUUAUGUUUUAAUUAUUCAUGAUGUUACAUCAGAACGAAGUUGAUCAUGCCUAAUAAUUUAUGCCCGUUACUAAGAAAUCGAGUUCCUAGAAUUACAUCUAAUCCUUGAUCUUCACUGCAGCAUUACAUUAGUGACUGUUGUAAACAUUAAGCAAGCGUAAAACCCUGAACGACGUGCAUCAGAAUGGUUUGGUCUGAAAGUCAAAGAAUGCGACUAGCAAUCGAGAAAGAGAAACUGGAGAAAUAUUUUCGUCUUGGAAUUACAUGGAUUGACCCACAACAUGAAACGAAAGUGGAAGUAUUGGUGAGAAGCAACAUGAAUAGGGAGUAUAUACUUCGGAUCUACAUUCCGCAAGAUUUUCCUAAUUCAUGUCCAGUACUUGUUGUCACUUCGCCGCUAAAACUUCAACUGCGGAACGGAUCCCGACUUCCUGAAGCAAGUGAUUCCUUCCACACCUUGGUAGACACAGAUGGAUUUCAUCGAAUAUGUCAUUUUUAUCCACCCGACUGGACACAAGAUAUCACUUUAUUUCAAGUCUUUAUGAAAGGUCGGUUAUGGAUUGAGGGUUAUGAAGCACAUUUGAGAACAGGCAUGAAGAUGAAUGAAUACCUCGGAGAACACAAGUUUGCAGCACAAUCUGGCCAGAAUAACCAGCAACAGUUAUCAACCUUACCAUCCUCGAGUGAACCUCAAAGAGGAGAGAGUUUAUUAGUCGGAUCAACACAAAACCAAACCCGAUCAAAUUCUUUCAGUCAAUUCGGCUAUCAACAUGAACAAGCAUUCAUAGAACCUACAGCGAUUUACGAGCGAGAUACCAUAGAAGAGACUGAUUAUGAUCCUGCUUUUUAUCCCCCCACGGUACCUGUCCAGAGAGUUUUACCAGAGGUAGCCCCCGCACUGCCCUCACGUCGCACCUUGAAUGAAACGUUACGUCAAAAUGUGCCUUUGGAUACAAUCAACAAUAACGAGACAUCAUCACCGUCAGAAACAAUCAAUCCAAGUCGAUACAGACCACCAGGCGGAAUUGCUGUUUUGCCUCCAAUUGUUGGACGAAAUGCUCGUUUGCGACGCCCGGCUCCGCAAGUCAAACCAAAACCUCGCUCGUGAAAAAAAUAAAUUCAGUUAAUAGCCUUGGAACAAGACAAAUAUGAAAGAGAUAACUUAUAGUUAAAUAGUUUGUUUAAAUUAGAAAUGGACACGCAUUAAGUAACCCAUCCGACAAAUGUAUAUAUUCCAAGUCCUACAUGAAUAUCACCAAAAUCCCGUAAUAGUUAUUUGUGGCAGAAUUUAAAGCAAGUUUUAUAUCCUGUCAUUUCAUUCAAAAAAGCCGGGAAACAGCCGGACGUAUAAAUAAGCUAAUUAAGUGUACGUAUAUAUUAAAAAACUCCAAAUAUAUGGGGUCUAUGACGCGAUGGUUCUGAACAAAGGCUAUAUGCUUUUUCCUGUAAAUAAUAUAGGCUUUUUUAUAUAGCGGGCGAUUUAUAGACUGACAACAAAGAGAUGAUGUUAAGCACCAGAAAGCAGUCCAGACUAUUCCUUGUCUCGCUAUAUUUGUUAGAUAGUGGUGAAGUUAAACAUGCACAUCGCGGUAUUUUGAGUCGUUAUUUUUAACGUCACGUUGGAACCGCUUUCACUGAUUAAUAUGCUCCCAAGUAUUUACAUAAAGAGAAAAAUCACUAGCGCGUGUUAUAAAAAUGGGAAGUAUAAAUAUGAAGAAGUAGCUUCGUAACAAUGUUAUGCAAAAUGUUUUGAAAGUGCAAAAAAUUAGUUAGC